GAGUGAAAAAUUGUGAAAAGAGAAGAAUAUAUACAAAAUCCCAGAACAGAACUAGGCUUGACAUGACUAAAACUUGACUCAAAAGCAAACUAAAGACUGGACAGGAACACAAACUAACAGAAAAAAACCUAUUUACCACAUGAUUAUCCUCAGGUGUGUAAAACUGAAUAAAAAUGACCCCAAAAGAUUUUAAAUUUAGGAUAGUUUUCAACCAUGUUGAGACCAUUGGGAACCAAGUCGCUUUAUUGUUUGUUUUAACUUUGAUGUUUAUUUAUUUGUUUAUUUUAUUCAUUUAUGUACAACAUUCCCCCCUAAACAAUUACAAAAUCACACAAAUCGGAAAUUUCUACUGAAUUCAAACUGAUUAAAAUGAUAAAAACCUAAGCCAUUAAUUGAACAACAAAAAAGUUUAAUCUGAGGUACUUGAGGUUGACAAUCAGUGUUUUUUUCUUUUUUUUUGUUCCAAAGGGACUAUAAUUUGUUCAAAACAAAACAAAGUAAAUAUUUUUUUCAGGCCUUAUUUUGUGAAUUAAUGAAGAACUUUAAAAUGAUCGAACAAAUAUAAAAGCAUGCCUCUCUAAAAGGUAAGUUACACACCAUGUGUCUAAUACACACACACACACACACACACACACACACACACCACGGGGCAUGAUGAGUGAUUCAAACAGAAUGACCGUAACACAAAUGAGAUGACAGCUGGCCGUCUUGGUUAUUAUCUCUGUGAACAAACUUCCUGUAGGUUACAGCCACUACAGCCAUGAUAACCACACCGCACUCAGACCAGCCGCGUGUUUGAACAGGUUUUCUCACUUUCUGUCGUCUUCAGGUCUUUCACAAACAUACGCGGACACCAUUCGUACUGGAAAUCGAGCGAGAUUCUUUGUAAUCUUACAGUAACGCCGGCAACACCUGUUAAAUGUUGCGAAGUGCUUUAGAAAAAAAAAAACGUUUUUCGCUAUGAUGUCAUAGGAGAACAUCAUUAAGUUCCACAUAGAACAUUUUAUUUCCUAGUUCCUCAGAAAAAAAUAUCCGUGUACUGGUCAACCGAGCUGAGUUAACACCGGCUAUGGUCUUCAAGCAAGGCUCGGUCUUGGGUGCUUUGUUGUUCUCUUCGUAGAUGCCCCCCAUUUUGGUUUUUAUCAUUAGACAGCAUGCCGUUACUUUCCAUAGCUAACAGCUUUCCAGAUCAAACUGGAGAAGAUUUAACACGAAGCGCUGAAUAUUUUCCAGGAUCGAAACGGUUAUGAGUUUCCACCUGAGAAAUGACGGUUGGUUAUGGAACGUUCUUCUCUCUUUAUGAUGCAUUCAUAACUGUUUCUGAUUAUUACGCUGUAAUGUUGGGUACAUUCCGAUCAUCUUUCCACUGCUUACUGGUCCAGUUCCAUAUUUGUCUUACACGUGUAUCGUGUAUUGGUCUGGCCCAUCAGCUUAUGCAACUUCUUCUGUUUCUCCAACCACACCAUCAAGAGAGCACUUUUAAGGCUCACUGUCUCUGGCCUUGUCCUUGUUUUCACAUGCGUUCGCCUCACUUAGUUUCAGAUCUUAACAAGCGUCUGUCACCAAAAGAGGAUGUGGCUCGUUAUUAAUCCUGCACGUUUUAUUAAUUCGAUGAAGCGCGUCAGGUGAGGUGGGAUUCCCUGACUGGACGUUGGUUUCUCCCCCAGCUGCCUACUUAUCACGUCUCGUUCUAUCUUAUGUUAUCCCGGGGACUUUUUCUUUCGCAUUGCAUCUUUGGCCUGCUCGAUAAGGCCCUAUUCUUUAUAAUGUUGUUUUAAAUGACUUUACUGCGCCAUGUGCUAACAUGUGUGUGAAAACAAUCGAAUUAAAUAGUUUUAACGAACCAGUUAAGCGAUGCGCACUUUCUCAAAAACGAAACAGAACACAUGGAGUCGCGGGUAAACGUAAAUAGUUCAAUAGUUCUUGAAAGUAAGAGGGUUUUUCUGAGCAAAGACGCUAAAAAUAACGACCGAAGUGCCACAGUAAUCAAUCUUCAGGGCAUGUAGGGUCUGAUAGUCAUAACUAACUCUAACGUCUGAUCCAAUAUUCAGUUUGCAAGUGCUGAACGUUGCCGUACUGAUGCUCUACCUCCAUCAUCUGGCAAGGACGAGUAUCUUUUACAGUAUGUGUCCACAUACUGGAACGAUUUUUUUCUACCCCGUUGAAGUUAGACUACUCUAUAUAUACAACUACAACAGUUUGGGGCAGAUUCAAACAUAACUGUUUACAAAGCGAGGUCCAAUUUUGAAUUUGUACACGAUUAACAUUUUUUAGAAAUAUUUUACUACUGUUAUUGUUAUUAAUUGCAUUUCAUUAUUACUACUGCUAAUUUUUAACCAUCAAUUAAUAAUAAUAAUAAUAAUAUUAAUAAUAAUGUAACAAGAUUCAGUCUUGGGUGCAUUGAAUUUUGUGCUCUAUGUAAAUAUUCCUUUGUAUUUGUCAAGAUUUUAAAAAAAAUUAUAAAAAAAUAAUAAUAAUAAUAAUAAUCUCAAAGGUCUAACAUGAUACUGUGCAUUUUUAGCCACGACUAUAUAUAUGUGUGUGUGUGUGUGUAAAUAGGGUGUAAUAUCACCCGGACACGUUUAUAAGAUUCGACCGAAUAUCCUUUAUGGAAACAGCGGCAUAAACAGCUGCCGUCUGACGAAUCCGGAGCGCUUUCAUCAGCAGUCUCCGGUCUCGGUAUUGGUCCUCGUUCAUCCCGAGUCCAAGCGAGCAACAGCAGCGGCGCAAACAUGUCUGUCUAGAGCUCCAGCAGCACGCGCAUCGUCCCGUUAUGUCGGGUUUAAGAUGAUAUGGGCUCGGCGGAGGAUGUGACGGUAGUCCGCGGCCAUCAUGAGGAUAUUAACGGCGUCGGGGCUCUUCCUGGCCUUCUGCUCCAUCGGGCUCUUGACCAUGGCCAUCGGCACGGACUACUGGUACGAAACAGACGCGCGGAAACACCGGGACCGGUGCAAAAAAUACGCCAGCAAGAGAAACGACCCGGGAUACAUAUACAUCUCCAACCAGAACCUCCCGCUCCGGACGCGACCCGAAGCGAGUCCUCCGCGGGGAUCCCCGCACCCCGAGCCCGUCAUGGAAUCGCGCUGCAGCCGCCGCUACAACUCCACCACGACCGGACUCUGGAGGAAAUGCCACCGAGGGGGCUUCGAUCUGGAGAACGAGGACCUGAUUUUUAAAGGUUUGCUUCAGCGCUGCACGCCGGUGAAGUAUUACUAUUCCUCGGCGAAUAUCCCACGGAAUCUGCCGGUGAACAUCACCAAGACUAUAAGACAAGACGAAUGGCAUGCUCUCCAUCUGCAGCGGAUGACGGCGGGCUUCAUCGGUAUGGCCGUGGCCAUCAUUCUGUUCGGCUGGGUCGUCGGUGUGCUGGGAUGCUGGAGGCACAACGAGCUGAUGCAGUAUGUAGCUGGACUGCUCUUCCUGAUGGGAGGCACUUGCUGCAUCAUUUCCUUGUGCACGUGCGUGGCCGGCAUUAACUUCGAGCUCUCGCGAUACCCGCGGUACCUGUACAGCCUGCCCGAGGACAUCAGUCACGGAUACGGCUGGUCCAUGUUCAGCGCGUGGGGCGGGCUGGGGCUGACGCUGCUGGCUGGCUUUCUGUGCACCCUGGCGCCCUCCCUGCACAGUCCCCAGGUCGCGCACAAACCACGGCAGGAGAACGGCAUGGUGUGACUCGCGCACGCUCCGCGCGCCGUGUGGGUCUGCCAGCACGGACUCGAAUAAAACAGUCACGCGCACGCACCGAGUGCGAGAACAAAUCACGAUCCAGAGAGCAGCUGAGCUAGACGCUGCUGGAGCUGAAACAAAAACCGUGGCUGAUCAGCAUGGCUGUCUUACUUUCCAGAAAAAAAAAAAAAAAUAACUAUACAUUAUUUGGAAGUACUCGAUUGCACUGUAGUGUACUUCAAAUCUUUGAGACAACUAACUAAAAAGUGCACUUUAAACUCCUUUAAACCGACUAGAUAUAUUAAAUAUAUUCCAAUAAAUGCUUGUGAGUUACAUUCGGCAGUGCACUUUAACCAAAGGGAAUAAAUAAUGUGAAGCAAUGAUGAAAUUACAUGUGAACGUAUACUUAAGACCGACUUAAAUGUAAUGCGCCGGAUAUGAGUUGAAUAUAUUUUAUUUUUAAUCAUAAUUGUCAUGCAAAAAAAAAAAAAAAAGAGUUUGAAGACACUGCAUUCUAAUUGCAUUCAAGUAUAUUCUAUACAUAUUUUUAAAAGUGGGUCCUACGUUGUAUCAGGUGGCCUUAACUAUGCAUUUAUAACAUAUAUAUAUAUAUAUAUAUAUAUAUAUAUAUAUAUAUAUAUAUAUAUAUAUAUGAAGUAAGUAGUAAGUACAUAGCAGUCAAGGCCACCGAAUAUAAAGUGGGACCUAAAAGCGUGUACUUCCUCCCCAUGUUUCUCCUAUUCUUGGAAAUCUACACUAAAUAUAUAGCUUGUAUUGGUUGAUAUUUUUACUGGAAAACGAAACAAAAAUGCUGAUUAGACAAAACACAGACAGACAGAAAGACAUCUUCUCUGGCUCUGAAGGUCUGCGUCUCUUACGGUGCUCUCUUUCUGUCUUUAUCUUUGCCUGUCAUUACGUUGAUGUUUUUUUUAACGAUUGACCGUUUUUUUUUUUUGCUUUUCCCGUCUGUUUCUCUCCUCCUUUCUCCUGUUUACGUCUCUCGGUGGAUUUAAUAUGGAAAUGUCUCGGAGAACGACAGAUUAACGUUUUCGUGUUUCGGCUUUGCCUGCUAAGUAGAAAAGAGAAAAACAGAUCAAGGCACGACUAUAAAAAAAAAAAUAUCAUUGUCUUCGGUGUCUUCCUGUACAUGUUUUCUUUCUUUAUUUUUUUAGUUUUUACAAUAAAAAUUGUCAAACAGCACAAGCAAAUUUGUGAAAACGAACCUGUUGGUGCGCAACCUCAUUAUCGAGGGGUAUUUUCAAUUGCAGUGUUAUGACAAAUUAGAAAUAAUGGUAUGAUUUAUGACCUUUUUUUCUAAUAAAAUGAACCCGAUUCAUCA